AUGAAGCUUGAGGCUUCCUUCAGGUUCAAGAUUGAAGUCCCCGACGCCCCCCCUCCACCCCCUGCCUCUGAUCCUGCUGCUGCUGCUGCUGUCAUGCAGUCUUCUCCUUCCAGAGAAGAGCCAUGGUUCAUCAUCAUAUUCGUGCUUCAGUUCGACAAUGACAACAGAGAUUGCGUGGGGAGGGUUUUGGUGCUGCCUGAGGGCAGGAGGGGGAGCAAGAGCAUGAAGGACUUGAUUCAGAACUCCAAGGACCCCUCCUCUCACAGCAUGCAAGAGCUCUUUAUCAGUGGAGUUUGGUAUGCUGAACAUGAGCGAGAGAUGGCAAGGGAGGUGGUUGCGAUCAGAUUCAACGAGGAGGAGCAGGGGGAGGAGGGAGCUGAAAACAACUUCUUGGUCAAACUUCACGGAAAGAUCAUCUCGGCCCACAGGAGCGAGCAGAGUGCAAGGGAAGCGCAGCUGAAGGCACGGACGAUCUCCUCCUCCCUUGUCCACCUGUUGAUGAGCUUGACAGGAGGAGCUCAGGAGGGUCAGGGAGCCAUCUUCGUCCAAGGAUCGUUCAGAUGCUCUCCUGGCUAUCAGGAUCUAACGCUGGCGGUUGAUAACGAGGAAGCUCUUUUGGUGUUGAAGGAUGUCAUCAGAUCGGAUGAGGAGAGUUCAUUCUUGAAGAAGCUUGCGUCAGACGCGCUAGCAGAGAUCAGCAGGCAGAAAGACGAAUCUCUAGUGGAAUUGAUUGUCAGCGAGAUCAAUCUCGAUCUCGAUCAACUUCAAAUCCUGCAAACCACAUCCCAAGGGGAAUGUUACGUCCUCCUGCAACGAGUCGCCUCCUGUGACGACGACUUUGUUGUCGAGCAAGCCAUGGUUGUUUGCCGAGAGCUGCAGAGCAAGAUGAAUGAAGAGCAAAGAUUGGAGCUCAGAUCCGCUGCCUUGAAGACGUUGAAAUCGACUGCUGAUGCGUUCGAAUCGACCUGUCAGAGCGCAGUCGACUUCUUGCUUGCUUCUUCGUCAAGAGGAGAGAAGGAGCUACUUGAGGUGUCUGCCCACCUGCUGCAGCAUCGCGCCCGUCAAGUUCGUCUCCUCGCUCUCAAGAUUGUUGAGAGUGUCGGAGAGCCCGAAUCAGCGCAAGUGAACGCGAUGAUGAAGGGAAUCUUAGAGAGGCUUGAGGAUGAGCAUGUUUCUCUUCGCUUCGCAGCUCUCAAGGCGUUGGACUCUGUUUGUCGUUUCCCCGCCAGGAGCGUCGCCAUGGCAGCCAUCGACAGCCUCCUCAAGUUCAGCAAGGCAGACAAAGACGACGAGCUGCUUCACCACCAGCUGUUCAUGACCGAAGGCACCAAGUUGAUUGUGCGAGCGGCCGGAGAAGAAAAGAAGAUGAUAGUGGAGACAUGUUUCAGAGCUUUCAUGACUUUUCCCUGGCACAUGCGACAGAACAGCAUCGACAUCCUGAUGAGCCUUUGGCGCAGCGGAGAGAGUGAACCUCUCGAAUUCGUCUUGAAGAACAUGAUCGAUCAUCGACCCGAGCAUCGACAAGCAAGUGUUGAGAUCCUGGCAGCUCUCACAUCUGAUGGAGAUGUUGCUGUCGCAAGUGACAUGUCGCGCCGGGCAGAGGACCGGCGGUCCGGAUGUCUCGACGCGAUUGUCGGGGCAAUGAUGGGAGGACCCGGCGCGAGGACUGCUGCUGAAUGUCUUGUUGAGUUUAUGGCAAGCAAGGACAAUUCGAGGCUCAUGUCGUUGGAAUGCCUUUGGCGGAUGUUUGUGAGUGGAGUCGAGGAGGGAAAGGAGGCUGCGCAGCAAGCUGCUAUGAGUCUGAUUCUGAGAAAUGAAGGAGGAGCAGGAGCGGGAGCAGGAGCUGGAGCUGGAGCUGGAGCUGGAGCUGGAGCUGGAGCAGGAGCAGGAGCAGGAGCGGGAGCGGGAGCGGGAGCAGGAGCAGGAGCGGGAGCGGGAGCGGGAGCGGGAGCAGGAAGAUUCUCGACGGAAGAAGGGAUUUUGUUGCACAAGAUGGUCUUGCAGACAUCGGAGGCUGGUGGAGGGAGGAGGAGAGAGAAGGAGAGGAAUGUCGCCAUGGACAAGAGGCUGAUGAGCAUCGAUGGGAGCUUGUCGACGGCGAGGCAGGAGGAAGCAAGGCUGCAAGUGAGAUGUCCUGCAUUGACUCGAGUUGGGCCGUGA